UGUGUGCGAAAGGCGAGAUUCUAUAAAAAUAAUAAUGUAAAUUAUAUAUGUUCUGCUUUAAAUUGUCUCCUGUUAAUGAUGUUUUUACGAAUGAGAAAGAAAAGCAUAAACCAUUACAAGAACUGUCGUUGCCUACAUUUUUGAGAAUGUCAGAGCGUGGCAAUGUGGCCACUCGAUCCCGAGCCUGCUCGGAGACGUAUCAAUUUGGACCGUGGAACAUGUUGUCUGUGAAGAGCCACAUACUGACCUCGGAGGGACCAGCCAGGCAGAGGUUUGAGUCCCAGUUAGAGCUGCCACAGGUCCCGGAGAUGAUUUUUGCGGACAACGUUUUACGAGUGGUCCACUCUGACGGGUAUGGGAUUGAGUUCAAUGCGUUGGAUGCAUUGAAGCGAGUGGACGCCCAUCAUGAUCCUCUUAAGGUGGCUGUUUCUCAGGCAUGGAGAGAAGCCAGGUCUGACUGUGAACAUAUCAAUGAUGUUGUGAAGCCGUUUGAUUGGACGUUUACAACAGACUACAAAGGAACCCUCAUUGAAAAUGCAAACAAAAAGAUCACUGUAUCGGAGACGACGGAGAGGAUAGACAUAGAGAAGCUGAAGGUUCGAGAGAAGAUCCUGUUUUAUGAGGACAUGCUGCUGUUUGAGGACGAGCUGGCAGAUAAUGGAACGUCUCUCCUGAAUGUCAGAAUGAGAGUGAUGCCCUCCGGUUUUUUCAUUCUGCUGCGGUUCUUUAUGAGAGUGGACAACGUGAUGAUACGAGUGAAUGAUACACGACUCCAUUACCAGUCAGGCAAUAACUAUAUGCUGAGAGAAUUCUCCACCAAAGAUGACCAAGUGAAAGAUAUCAAGGUGUCGCCCCAUCUGUUUACUGAUCCAAAUGAAAUUGCCAAUCACCUGACCUUGAGAAAGGAAGUGUUCGAAAAGCUGCAGUUCCCUGAGACUUCCAGCGAUGAGAAAAGCUAGCAGUAUGGGUGGGCAGUAGUGUUGACAUGGAGACAGUGUCAGGCACAGACAGUGAAGCCUGCUAAGCGUCCACAGAAGCUAGUGAUGACUCGGUCUCUUAUCCUGGGGUGGGCGUGGCACUUGGUUUAUGUAUGAGUUGUCUGCCCCUUUACUGAAUGGCCAAGUGCUGGCCUCUGUGAUGGAUCAUUGAUUCUCACGUUUUACGAUUUGAUUCAGCUCACUUGUGAUCCAGAUGCUUUUUAACAUACUGUUGUAGCAGAUAUAUUCCUUGGGGAUUAAAUUUUGUUUACUUUGUCGAUAACAUUUAUCAACUGAAUUAAAUAACAUAGUUGUAUGUUUACCCUGAAACUAUUUGGUGUACUAAACAUCAAAACUUUCUACCAAGGAGAACUACUGCUUCAACUUUAAUUUUAUAUAUACUGAACAUGAACUUUCUAUGAGGUGUUGAAUAUUAUAUGCAUAUAAACAUGUUUAAAAAAUAAAUACAGGUUAUAAAGUGUAUUUUCCACCUAAUCUUAUAUGGUAAUUGGUUUAAUUUUUAUGCCAAUGAGAUUAAAAAUUAUGUACAAGUA